AUGAGGAAGUGGACGGCUUCCGUUCUCCUUCUACUCUGUCUUCUCUCUCUCUUUGCAGAUCAAGGUCAAAAGUUUCAGGCAAAUGCCGAGGGAGAUUCCGAUGACCUUGUAGAUCCACCGAAGGUGGAAGAUAAGAUCGGCGCUGUUCCUCAUGGCCUUUCCACCGAUUCAGAUGUGGUCAAGAGGGAGUCGGAGUCGAUCUCUAAGAGAUCUCUCCGGAGCAACGCGGAGAAGUUUGAGUUCCAAGCGGAAGUGUCACGGCUCAUGGAUAUUAUCAUCAACUCUCUCUACAGUAACAAGGAUAUCUUCCUCAGAGAGUUGAUUUCCAAUGCUUCUGACGCUUUGGACAAGAUUAGAUUCCUCUCCCUCACUGACAAGGAAGUUUUGGGAGAAGGUGAUAACACCAAGCUUGAUAUUCAGAUUAAGUUGGACAAGGAAAAGAAAAUUCUCUCAAUCCGCGACAGGGGUAUUGGAAUGACGAAGGAGGAUUUGAUUAAGAAUUUGGGGACAAUUGCCAAAUCUGGAACUUCAGCAUUUGUCGAGAAAAUGCAAACAAGUGGAGAUCUCAAUCUGAUUGGGCAGUUUGGUGUCGGCUUUUACUCUGUGUAUCUCGUGGCUGACUAUGUUGAAGUCAUUAGCAAGCAUAAUGAUGAUAAACAGUAUGUAUGGGAAUCAAAAGCUGAUGGAGCUUUUGCAAUUUCGGAAGAUACAUGGAACGAUCCUCUAGGACGUGGAACCGAGAUUAGACUACACCUCAAAGAAGAGGCUGGGGAGUACUUGGAGGAAUCUAAACUGAAAGAAUUGGUGAAGAGGUACUCUGAGUUUAUUAACUUCCCUAUCUAUAUUUGGGCAAGAAAAGAUGUUGAUGUGGAGGUUCCCGCAGAUGAAGAUGAUUCCAGUGAUGAAGAUGAUUCAGCUGAUGGCAGCUCCAAGGAGGAAACUGAAGAUGAAGAUACUGACAAAGGUGACGAAGAUGAAGACAAAAAGCCUAAGACAAAGACAGUGAAGGAAACAACUUUCGAAUGGGAACUUCUAAAUGAUGUGAAAGCUAUAUGGCUGAGAAAUCCAAAGGAGGUUACAGAGGAAGAAUACACCAAAUUCUACCACUCUCUUGCCAAGGAUUUCAGUGAUGAGAAACCUCUAUCAUGGAGUCACUUCACUGCCGAAGGUGAUGUAGAGUUCAAGGCAGUCCUGUUUGUACCACCUAAGGCACCUCAUGAUUUAUACGAGAGCUAUUAUAACGCAAACAAAUCCAACCUGAAGUUGUAUGUUAGACGAGUGUUCAUUUCAGACGAGUUUGAUGAACUGUUGCCCAAGUAUCUAAACUUCUUGAGGGGUCUUGUUGAUUCUGACACAUUGCCACUUAAUGUAUCGCGAGAAAUGCUUCAACAACAUAAUAGUCUAAAGACAAUCAAGAAGAAACUUAUCAGGAAAGCCCUUGAUAUGAUCCGUAGGAUUGCUGAUGAGGAUCCUGACGAGUCCACUGACAAAGAAAAGAAAGAAGGUGCAUCCUCUGACAACGAUGAGAAGAAAGGUCAAUAUGUUAAGUUCUGGAACGAGUUUGGUAAGUCCAUUAAACUUGGUAUCAUCGAGGAUGCCACCAACAGAAAUCGGUUGGCAAAAUUGCUUAGAUUUGAGAGCUCCAAGUCUGAGGGUAAACUGACAUCUCUGGAUCAGUACAUAUCGAGAAUGAAAGCUGGGCAGAAGGACAUCUUUUACAUCACCGGAACCAGCAAAGAACAACUGGAAAAGUCUCCAUUCCUUGAGCGGCUUAAGAAGAAAAAUUUUGAGGUUAUUUUCUUCACGGAUCCAGUUGAUGAAUACUUGAUGCAAUAUCUGAUGGAUUAUGAAGAUAAAAAGUUCCAAAAUGUGUCCAAGGAGGGUUUGAAACUUGGGAAGGAUGCCAAAAACAAGGAACUGAAGGAAUCCUUUAAGGAUCUUACCAAGUGGUGGAAAAGUGCUCUUUCCAAGGACAAUGUUGAUGACGUGAAGAUAUCCAACCGAUUGGAUAACACUCCUUGUGUAGUGGUGACAUCAAAAUAUGGUUGGAGUGCUAACAUGGAGCGAAUCAUGCAGUCUCAAACUUUGUCAGAUGCUAGCAAGCAAGCAUACAUGCGUGGUAAGAGGGUUCUUGAGAUUAAUCCUAGGCAUCCUAUUAUCAAGGAACUCCGCGACAGAGUAGUGAAGAACCCAGAGGAUGAGGGAGUGAAACAAACAGCACAGCUGAUGUACCAGACUGCACUCUUUGAAAGUGGCUUCUUGCUUGAUGAUCCCAAGGAUUUCACUUCCCGUAUUUAUGAUUCAGUGAAGUCUAGCUUGGACAUCAGUCCUGAAGCAACAGUUGAAGAGGAAGAUGACAACGAAGCAGAGGCUGAAAGUGACGCAAAAGAAGAUACUCCAAAGCCUGAAGCUGAAGUCGAUGAUGAUGAUGAUGUUGAUGAUGUCAAGGACGAGUUGUAG